AAUUAAAGUCAAUGCUUAUUUUAUAAAAAGUUAAAAGUACACGACAAGGCGCAGUGUAAACUGAAUUUGAGGAUAUUAUUUUAUUAUUGCCGAAGUAAUUCUCAAUUCACAACUUAAUUCCUAUAUUUAUUGUUUAUGCUAUUUAAUUAAAAGUCGUGACUCAUCAGUUAAAACCCGCCAAACGCCAACUAGCUUGAUUAUCAAAAUGCCUCGUCAAAAAAGUAAAGAGGAAAGUAUGAUUCCGUUUUAUAUUUGUUAUAUUUAAUUGUUUCGUCCUUGCCGUCAUCACGGCGGAGCUACCCCCUCCCAGGGGAGAUAGCUGGUCCGGUGCUCAGCCGUCCAGCGGCAGCCUCGCAGCGGUUAGCAUCCGCUUAGCUUAGCCGGGCAGCUGGCUCCUCUGGACCGACUAAACUAGCGGUUAGCUCGCCCAGGAGCCCGGACAUGGAUGAGCUAGUGAGGCGUCUGCCCUCGCCGACUCUCCCGGGGAUGCACCUGCCGUGUUUGGACACCCACAAAGGCUGGCUCUUUAAAUGGACCAAUUACCUGAAGGGCUACCAGCGCCGGUGGUUCGUCCUCAGCAACGGCCUGCUGUCCUAUUACAGAACGCAGGCAGAGAUGGCGCACACCUGUCGAGGCACCAUCCCCAUGGCGGCCGCUCACAUCGAGCUGGGCGACACGUGCCACUUGAUGAUAACAAGCGCAGGACGCAGCUACCACCUGAAGACCACCUCUGAAGGGGAGUGUCAGCGGUGGGCGUCGGCCUUGCAGCAGGCCAAGGCCAAUGCCACCGCCUUGAUUCAGCACUCGGAUGACUCUGGAGAUGAAGGGACGAGUGUUCAGGAGGACGAUCGAGCCUUAAGCCAAAGCGCUCUGAAGACGUUGGCCAACAAGCUGGACGACUUGAGCACCUGUAAUGAUCUUUUAGGAAAGCAUGGCGCCGCCCUCCAGCGCUCCCUCAGCGAACUCGAGGAACUGCGCGGCUGCGUCGACAGCCCGGACAAAGUGAAAAGCGUUAACGAGCGAGCCACCCUUUUCCGCCUCACCUCCAAUGCUAUGAUCAAUGCUUGUCGUGAGUUCCUAGACGUAGCAGAAUCUCACAGCCGAAGGUGGCAAAAAGCCCUGCAGCAUGAGCGAGAGCAGCGUCACCAUCUGGAAGAAACCAUCGAGCAGCUAGCCAAACAACACAACAGCCUGGAGACGGCCUGGAGGGAGAAGCCCACCUCGUACGCAGGUGUGGAGAGAUCUCGCAAGGGGGACGAGAGUGAAGAAAAUGACGAAUUCUUUGAUGCCAUGGAGGACGCCCCUUCAUUCAUAACCGUGUCAACCAAUGCUGAGACGCAGCACAAACGCUCAGGGAGUACUCAGAGUAUGAUGAGCGGUGGAUUGCCUCAUGACUGGACCCACAACGAGAAUGACACCUCAGGCUCAAACCACAUGCAGCUAAGGCGAACACGACGCAGCCGCAUUCCAGACAAACCCAAUUAUUCCCUGAACCUGUGGAGCAUCAUGAAGAACUGCAUCGGAAAAGACCUGGCAAAGAUACCGAUGCCUGUCAACUUCAACGAGCCGCUGUCCAUGCUGCAGCGCCUGACCGAGGAUCUGGAGUACAGCGAGCUGCUGGACCGGGCGGCUCGCUGCGACUCCUCCCUCGAGCAGAUGUGCCUGGUGGCUGCCUUCUCCGUGUCCUCCUACUCCACCACCGUCCAUCGCACAGCCAAGCCCUUCAACCCUCUGCUAGGUGAGACGUACGAGCUGGAUCGCCUGGAGGAGUACGGCUACCGCUCCAUCUGUGAGCAGGUGAGUCAUCACCCACCGGCCGCCGCCCACCACGUCAUCUCCCAGCGAGGAUGGACGCUGUGGCAAUCCAUCACUAUUGAUAGCAAAUUCCGUGGGAAGUACGUUUCUGUCAUGCCGCUAGGAAACAUUCACUUGCAGUUCCACUCCAGUGGGAACCACUACGUGUGGAGCAAAGUCACGUCAACGGUGCACAAUAUUAUCGUAGGGAAACUCUGGAUUGACCAGUCAGGGGACAUCGACGUGGUCAACAGCACCACCAAGGACAUGUGUCACCUCAAGUUCUCCCCCUACAGCUACUUCUGCAGAGACGCCCCACGCAAGGUGACUGGAGUGGUGGAGGACAAAGAAGGCAAAGCACAUUACAUCCUGUCAGGAACCUGGGAUGAGAAGAUGGAGAGCGGCAAGAUAGUGAACAGCAGUCAAGGCUGCGGAGGCUCCGAAGGCAAACAAAAGACAGUUUAUCAGACUCUCCCGUCCAAACUUCUGUGGAAGAAAUACCCCCUCCCGGAUAACGCAGAGAACAUGCACUACUUCUCAGCUUUGGCUUUGACUUUGAACGAGCUGGAAGACGGCGUGGCGCCCACCGACAGUCGCCUGCGUCCCGACCAGCGGCUGAUGGAGGCCGGGCUGUGGGACGAAGCCAACGCCCACAAGCAGCGGCUGGAGGAAUGCCAGAGGCUGGAGAGGAAGAGGAGGGAGGUGCAAACCACCCAAGCCCUGCAGGAAGGGCAAGAGGUGGAGGUGUACCAGCCUCUGUGGUUUGAGAAGAGACUGGACGACAGCACAAGAGAAAGCAGCUACAUCUACAGAGGAGGCUACUGGGAGGCCAAAGACAGGCAAGACUGGAGACAGUGCCCUGACAUCUUCUAGAACACAAACACUGUUGUCACGCUCACGAAAAAUGUCACUCCGACAAAUGCCAAGCUUUUCUGUUGGACAUGGAUCAUAUACGAACCAAAAACUGACAGCCGUUGUUGUGUCUGGGAAGGGAAGGGAAGCUGAAUGUCUUUAUGCAUAGUUCUGACAAAAUCCUGCGUGGCUAAAUGACUUGACUCUUGCAGCAGGACUUUGUAUUGUGGGGCUGCAGGGUCAGCCAAAACCAAGACUGCUUUACAUGCAAAUGCUUUGGAAAUAAUCAUUGUUGUUAUAGCAGUAGACUAGAAUAAUUUUUCAUGUUAAAAGUAGAUUGACUAGUCGUCCUAGUGGUCAUUGUAGUAGAAUGCUACCGAUAGCUCGUAGAAAUAGACCUAAUAUCUACCUUUUCCCUGGAGAAAGUGUCUGACCUUCCACAAGACAUACAGUGUAUUUAUUACAUGUCAAUAUUACCUGGGCGGGUCUAACUUAUGCGACGGGUUUAUUGCUGUAUCAUUUGAAUCGGUACCAGUACCAGUCAAAAGUAUGCAGACACACUCCAAUGUAAAUGAGAAGGCGUGUCCAAACGUUUGACUGUUACUGGACAUAUACUUACAUACUAGUCAACUGCAAUAAGUGUAUAUCCAUCCAUGCAUUUUCUACCGCUUGUCCCUGUCGGGGUCGCGGGGGUGCUGGAGCCUAUCCCAGCUGCAUUCGGGCGGAUAGCAGGGUAUACUCCGGACAAGUCGCCAGCUCAUCGUAGGGCCAACACAGACAACAUUCACACUAUGAAUUAAAAAUAGCAACACACUUGAAUAAUAUUGGUAAUAUGGGUAGUUACUGUCUAGCAAUCAUGUUAUAGACAUGUACGCAAUAAGAAAGCUGCAGUUACUUGUGAAUAAAAUGAAAAUAGUGCAAAUUGUGUUUCUAUGUUGCACAAAAAAUAGCCUACAGCAGCCUAGCUCUGACGUACAUGCACAAUAUAUAAUAAAUAGUAGUGACCUGUUUAUUUACGGGUUUUAUCGUGGACACGUGAAUAACUCACUGGUUGAGUUUGGCCUGUAUAUAGCAAAACGUGUUAUUAUUCAGCUACUGUAGAAAUAAUACUUGAAUAUCCAUAUUCAACUAAAUGAUUUGUUGGUAAGGUGUUGGCUUGAAUUACUCACUUUAUGAGAUGUAUUGUUCAAAUAAAGCACAACUUAGAAGUUUACCUCCAACUUAAUACUACAUGUUACCUAAAUACUGAGGUUUUGAUGCACUACAUGUACUGUACAUGUACUGUAGCUAUGCAUGUUUUUUUGGUGGGGAUGGUGCAAAGUCGUGUCCCUUUCACCUGGACUCACGUGAUGUGAAAUCACCAUUUGUGCCCAAAGACCUUUGAAAAUGUUACUUCUUUUUUUUUUU